UCCGGUUUUGAUCCGGGAUAUCGGGCCACCAGUACUUGUUUGGUUCAGUCGGGCAUUACGUUAAUCAAAGACUUCGACAAAUUACCCGAAAAAGGCGGUGUGUUUACUCCGGGAGCUCUAUUCGAUGGCACAGGUAUUUUCGAUCGCCUUAAAGCCCACGAUCUGAACAUUGAAGUGGUUAACGAAUAGUUACUAUAUUUCUCCGUUUCGUUUCUCUCAAUAUUGAAUCGUUUGAACUAAUUGUUAAUGUUUUUAUGGUUUUAAAAGGAAUUAUUUGUAUUUUAAUCUCAUGGAUAUUCAGUUUAUCCCUAAAAUGCCGCUCAUUUUGUGCUAA